GAUCCUCAGCCAUGUCUCGCUCGUUCUAUGUGGAUUCGCUCAUCAUCAAGGACCCGGCUCGGCCGGCUCCCUCGUUGCCGGAUCACCACCACCCGCCCCCCGGGCAGGACUUCCUCAUCCCGCUGGGCGUGCCGUCGCCGCUGGUCAUGUCGGUGGCGGGCGGGCCGGCGUGCCCGUCGCGCAAGAGCGGCGCUUUCUGCGUGUGCCCGCUGUGUGUCAGCUCGCACCUGCACGCCUCUUCCCGGGCGGGCGCGGCAGGAGGAGCCGGAGGAGGAGGAGGAGGAGCGGGCGCCGCUGCCGCCAUCCCGCUCCUCAAGGGCCACUUCCCUCCCGCUGCGGCCGGCGAGGGCCAGUAUUGCCCCCGCCUGAGCCAUGCCCAGCAGCAGCCAGCUCCGCAGCAGCAGCAGCAGCAGCAAGCCGGCUCGGUGGCCUCCGCGGCGGCGGCGGCAGUGGCGGCAGCGCACGCCCUGGGCCACCCACCUGUCUGCGCAGCGGCCGCCUACAGCAUGAGCGACCCCCGGCGAUUCCACUGCCUCGGCAUGGGAGGCUCGGAUGCCAGCCAGUUGCAAAACGGCAAGCGGAUGCGCACGGCCUUCACCAGCACGCAGCUGUUGGAGCUGGAGAGGGAGUUCUCGUCCAACAUGUACCUGUCCCGGCUGCGCAGGAUCGAGAUCGCCACGUACCUCAACCUGUCCGAGAAGCAGGUGAAGAUCUGGUUCCAGAACCGGAGGGUGAAGCACAAGAAGGAAGGCAAAGGGACCCAGAGGAAUCCGCACGGCGGCUGCAGCUGCACCGGCAACCCGGGACGUUACUCCAGGUCCGAGGACGAAGAGUCGCUCUCGCCGGCCUCGGCUAACGAAGACAAGGUCUCCCCUUUAUGAAAAGGCUCCCCUUGGACUUCUUGACGGGCGAUGGCAGGCAGAGGCAGCCAAGUUGAGCCGGCGGGGCCUUCUGCAAAGAAGAACAGACUCCUAAGGGCUCUGUCCAUGGGCCUAGUGCUAGAUUUUGUUGAAUGUAAAUGAACGUUCAGUUGGAACGGUAUUUAUAAUGUAACACAAACAGUUGCAAGGCUGUUCCCCGCCCUCCACUCUCAGUUAACACACAGUUCUGCCUUCCCCUCUUAAGGGGGUGGGAGAGGAGAAUCUCCUUUUCUCUUUCUUCCUCCCCAAAAAUAUCAGUUCCUUCUUCCUUCCAGGGUUUGUGGGGAAAAGUUUAGAAACUGGAAUUGG